UGCUGUACAUGAGACCCCUACAGUGGUGGCUCAAGACCAGGGGGUUCUCCCUGAGGGGAAACCCGCUCCGCAUGAUCAAGGUCAUGCAGCGGUGCCUACGUGCCUUAGACAUGUGGAGGGAACCUGGGUUCUUGUCUCAGGGCCCAGUGCUGGGAGCCGCCAUCUCACUUGGCACAUCAACUGCCUGGAGAUGCUGGCUGUGUUUCUAGCACUGAAACACUUUCUCCCGGACCUAAGAGGUCGCCACGUGUUGGUGCGCACCGACAACACGGCAGUGGUCUCUUAUAUCAACCACAUCAUCCUACAGGCUGGCGCUCCAGAUCCUUGUGUGGUCCCAGGGGAAACUCCUCUCCCUGAGAGCAGUUUAUAUCCCUGGCCAUCUCAAUAUGGGAGCAGACGCCCUGUCGAGGCAGGGGCCGAUGCCCGGGGAAUGGAGGCUCCACCCCGAGGUGGUGGAACAGAUAUGGCGUAUGUUCGGCCGAGCUCAGGUGGAUCUGUUUGCGACUCAGGAGACGUCGCACUGUCCCCUCUGGUUCUCUCUGACUCAUCCAGCUCCCCUAGGACUGGAUGCUAUGGUACAGACGUGGCCGAGGCAGUGUCUGUACGCCUUUCCCCCGGUCGCUCUGCUCCUGGGAGUUCUGGAGAGAGUGCACCGGGACGGGGUCCGCUUGCUGCUAGUAGCCCCGUUCUGGCCGGGCCGAGUAUGGUUCUCGGAUCUGAUUUCCCUUCCCGACGGCUCUCCAUGGGAGAUUCCCGUCAGGAGGGACCUCCUCUCACAGGCGGGGGGCCACAUCCUUCACCCCCGCCCAGAGUUGUGGAAGCUGUGGGUGUGGCCUCUGAGGGGGCACAACUCGGAGCUUCCGGUCUCUCAGUCGAGGUUGUUGAGACCAUCCUCCAGUCCAGAGCUCCCUCUACGAGGAAACUGUACGCCCUGAAGUGGAAACUUUUCACUUCCUGGUGCGGAGACCGCCGGCUUGACCCUGUUCACUGCCCAGUUGGUACAGUGCUGGAGUUCUUGCAGGCCCGCCUCUCCGCGGGACUGACCCACUCCACCCUGAAGGUGUACGUGGCGGCUAUUGCGGCCUGCCACGCCCCUCUCGAUGGCCAGUCAGUGGGCAGGCACCCCUGGGUGACACGUUUCCUCCGCGGUGCGCUGAGGAUCAGACCUCCAGCUCGAUCUCGGGUCCCCUCGUGGGACCUGGCCGUGGUUUUAGAGGCUCUCUGAAAACCCCCCUUCGAGCCCAUAGAGGAGAUUUCGGACUGUUUUUUGACGUUGAAAACUGCCUUUCUCUUGGCGAUUUCCUCUCUUGGGAGAGUGGGGGAUCUUCAGGCCCUCUCUGUGGCCCCUUCUUACUUAGACUUUGCGCCCGGUCUGGCCGAAGCGUUCUUGUACCCCCGAGCACCGAGUGGCCACACAAGAGCUCUUGGAGCUCCAAAAAAGAGCCAGCGCCACGGCCGUGGCCUCUUUGUGGCCUCUCCCCCACCAGCCCGGCAGCCACUGCUGGAGGUAUGACUCCGAAGCCUCCCCUUGCUGCCAAAUGGACAUGCUGCUUCAAACCGCCAAGAGAUGGCUGCAGCCGGAGCGGCUCUCCGCCACAGAGGUCGUCGAACAAGUGGCCAUGGACAGGUUCCUGAGGGCUCUGCCGCCCGAGGAGUAGAAGGCCGUGAACAUGCAGGGAGCCCACAACCCUCGGGAGAUGCUGGAAGCUCUCGAGAGAGCUGUGGCUACACUGGAGAUAGGCAGGGUGAGUGACGAGAGUUUCCCCAGCCUCCGCUGGUGCGACGUCCAGACAUGCACUUUGCAGACUGUGCCCCCCCAUACCACCAUCCCUCCCAACCUGCCCACCAUCCCCGUCAAAGUCAACGGCCGGCCAAUCUGCGCAGUCAGCGCAGGGCAAAGGAGCUGACAGGAUGAUGUCAGCAGGUAAGGCCCCCAUCUCCACUAACCCUGUGUCAUCUGUGUUUUCCUUGGUCGAGAGGGAAACUUCGGCCAUUAUCAGCAUUCCCUUUGAACUAGUAGGCAUGGAUCUCAUAUGGCCACUCCCAAGGUCGGCCAGGGCCACGAAUACAUCCUGAUUACUGUGUACUACGUAACCUGGUACCCCGAGGCAGCCCCCCUUAAGAAGGCCACCUCCCGGAACAUCGCCUGUGAGCUCCUGCUCCUGUUCAGCUGAGUCGGAUUCACAAAGGACAUCCUCACCAACCAAGGUACGCCCUUCAUGUCCAAACUAAUAGCGGUUCUAUGUCAGUUGUUGCACGUGAAGCAUCUGAGGACGUCUGUCUACCACCCCCAGACUGACGGGCUGGUGGAGCAAUUUAACUAGACGCUGAAGAGAAUGCUCCGGAGGGAGGUAGAUGAGGAGGGGAGGAACUGGGACCUUCUCCUCCCCUACGUCCUCUUCACCAUCCAAGAGACCCCUCAGGCUUCCACUGGGCUCAACCCCUUUGAGCUGCUCUUUGGACGGCGACCAUGAGGACGGCUGGAUGUGGCCUGUGAGGCAUGUGAAGAGCAGCCCUCCCCCUACCGCUCCCUGGUCGAUUACGUCCAGGAAAUGCAAGAAAGGAUCAACAAGGUGAUGCCCAUAGUGAGGGAGCACAUGGAGGCUACCCCGUCCCGCACAGCCCUGAGAGUACCAACCUGGCGACAAGGCCCUCCUCCUUCUUCCUGAUGCCUCGUGUAAGUUCCUGGCUCGAUGGCAGGGCCUGUUCACAGUCCUCGAGAGGGUGAGCCCAGUGAACUACUGCCUGCAGCAGCCAGGUAAGCACGCAGACACACACAUAUACCAUAUAAAUCUACUCAACAAGUGGACUGAUCCCCCCCCCCGUAUUGUCUGCGUUCGCGAGCCUUCCCACAGAUUCAUCAGAGCGUACCUUGGUCCACCAAGGAGAGGAGCUCACGCCAGCCCAGAGCCAAGAGUUGUCUGAUAACACGACAUAUAGAUCCCACCAGUCUGACAGCAGCCCUAUCGCGUCCCAGAGGCUCGCUGUAGGGCAAUCGAGGAGGAGGUCAGCCAGAUGCUCCAAGAUGGAAUCAUUGAGGAGACCACCAGCCCAUGGUCCAGCCCCAUCGUCGUGGUGCCCAAGCCAACAGGAGCAUCUGGCUGUGUAAUGACUUCCAGAAGCUGAACCAGGUGUCGGAGGUCGACGGCUACCCCCUUCCUAGGGUCAAUGACCUGGUGGAGCGGCUGGGGAUGGCCCAGUUUAUUUCCAUCCUCAACCUAACUAAGGAAUACUGGCAGGUGGUCUUGAGCCCAGAGGCGAAGCCCAAGACAGUGUUCUCCAAUGCCAACAGCUGCUGGUAGUACCGGGUCCUCCCCUUCGGCUUGCAUGGAGCCCCAGCGACUAAUGGAUGUCGUAUCGCCAGUACAUCGCCGCAUACAUCGAUGACGUAGUCAUCCACUCCUCCACCUGGUCCGACCAUCUGCACCACCUCAGGGGGGUCCUGGGAGAGCUCUGGAAGUCUGUGCUGACUGCCAACCCCAGGAAAUGCCAUCUGGGACUCACCGAGGCACAGUACCUGGGGUAUUGCAUUGGCCAGGGGCUCCUGAUGCCUCAGGAGAAAAAGGUGAAUGCAGUGUGAGGAUACCCAAGGCCAACCACCAAAAAAGCAGGAAAGGCCAGCUGGACCAGGUACACUGGAGUCGGGAAGCAGAGCAAGCCUUUGAGGAGCUAAAACAGGCACUGAACGGACAGCGCCGGUUCAGCACCCCCUUUGUUUUGGAAAGCCGGAGUGCGUGUGGCCGCGAGGCGGAGCGACCUAAUCCAGAACGGCUGGCAGCCAGUCAUCGCUGAUGCACCAAUUCACCCUCCCGGAGACGACGGAGGGAUAUAAAAGGAGCCAGCAGCCGCUCUCAAAAAAAGGUAGGCACGAUUAGUAACUUAACUAAUGUGUGCUCUCUAUUCCCCUCCAGACAGAGACAUAAGCGGAGACGAUUGACCACCGCCUGUGAACGCCGACCUCUGACCUGCCUGAGAGUGUCCUUCGUGCCCUCCCCGUCUCAAGGAAGUGCCGCUGUUGGCCUGCUCACCUCGCUUAACCCUGGGAUGACACCUACCUCGUCACACUUCCCAAGCCACACUCACCUACACCCCCACACUCUGCCAGCACUGUUUUCUUCAAUAAAGAGCACUUUUAUCCACACUCUCGUCUCUGGGUGUCUGUGUUCAGCCCAACCAUGAUCCCAUGUUGCCACAGCACCUACAGUGGAUAUAAAAAGUCUACACACCCCUGUUAAAAUUUCAGGGUUUUGUGAUGUAAAAAAUGAAACCAAGAUGAAUUGUAUCAGAACAUUUUUCACCUUUAAUGUGAUAUAGCAACCAGCAAAACUCAAGUGAAAAAAAAAAAUUUUAAGGGAAAAAAGUGUGCACACCUUUAUACUUUAACAAAGUAUAACAUACUUUUUAAAGCACCUUUUUUGUAACAUAGGACUCAUGUCUUUUGGUUAAGAGUCUAUCAACUUAGCACAUCUUGAUUUGGCAAUUUUAUUCCAUUCUUCCAAGAAAAAUAUUCCAGAUCUAUCAAGUUGUGAGGGGAUCUCCUGUGCACAGCCCUCUUCAAGUCAUUCCACAGGUUUGGACUCUGACUUGGCCAUUUGAUCUGGGCUGUGACUGGGCCAUUCCAAAAUGAUCAUCUUAUUAUGAAGCCAUUCCUUUGUUGACUUGGAAUUGUGCUUUGGGUUGUCAUCAUGUGGGAAGGUGAAAUUUUUCUGCAUCUUCAGCUGUCUAACAGAGGUGGAUUUUGUGCCAAAAUAGAUUGGUAUUUGGAGCUGUCCAUGAUUCCCUCUAGCAUGAUACAGCCACUGCCAUGCUUCAGCAUGAGUAUAAUGUUCUUUGGGUGAUAAACUGUCUUGUUUUUGCACUAAGCAUAUCUUUUAGAAUUAUGCCCAAAGUGUUCUAUCUGGGUCUCAUCAGACUAUAAUUUUGCCACAUAGUUUGGGGUGAUUGUAUCUAUUGAUUGUUGUCACAUGCAGGGAGUGCCAGUAUUUGCCAUAUCUCUUGGCAGGCUCCCUGAUAAGUAUUUUUUGUAAGUAAGUAUUAUAAGUAUUAUCUUGGUUGAGUUUGUGCAGUAGGUGAAAAUUGAAGUCAGAGUCUGCACAGUAGAUACGGCCUGCCAAACAAUGUGUCUGCCCCUUGCCCACCCAUAUUAGGCAUAAGACAAUUAUGUAUAAGACAAGUAUAGGCAUAAGACAAGUGCAACAACUUAAGAUGGUGCCUCGAAUAACACUAGCUCUAAGUAGUAAGUACAGCAUUAUUAAUUAAUGUGUAAAUCACGUUAAAUCAUAAUAUUAUAGCAUAAGUAGCUAAUGUAAUAUUCCAACUGAAAAUAUACAGCAGUCAACAUUUACUCAACACGACAUAUUUUUGGAGGAAAAAAUUGCUGCCCUCCAUGAUUUUUAUCUAGCUCUGACACCUGCAGUAAGUUACCCAUCUGAAUGGUGCUCUUUUAUGCUCCUUUCGUUCUUUUGGUGAAGUGCAAUUAAAAAGGAGUAAUACACAAACUUUAAUAUUAUGACAUCAAGUUAGCAAACUAAUAUUUAAUCUUCCCAGUUUGCUAAUGCUAUCUAGCAGCUAUUUAGCUAGUUAACAGGCUAGGUUAGGCAUUAAAAUGAGCCACAUACUGAAAAACUGCAAAGAACUCCCAGCUGAGUGCCUGUUAGAACAGUUUACAGCAGAACAUGACAUAGCUUUGCUAUAUAGCUUAGCUGGGCUAAAGUCUCAGUAAGAGCUUUAGGUGCAUGUUGUGUGCACAUGAGGCUAGACUGUCAUUUCUAGCUGUUCAUCAGCCUAAACCAAAACUGUCAAUAAUCUUAUCAAACAUGCCCUGUUAAUUAUCAUCAAAUAACUCCUACUGUAUAUACAGUCAUUGUCUACAACACAUACUGGAGCUAGUGAUGUUAACCUUGACACUGAAGCUCUGAGGUGCUUGAUUCAUUCUGUGACAUACAAUGUCAGAAAGUUUGUUUUAUCACACAAGCACUUGACUGAAAAGGGGUGGGAUAUAUUAACCAGCAAGUUAACAGUCAGUUCUCGUAGUUGAUUUGUUGGAAGCAGGAAAAAGGGCAAGCGUAAGGAUCUGAGUGACAAGGGCCAAAUUGUGAUGGCUAGACGACUGGGUCAGAGCAUCUCCAAAAAGGCAGGUCAUGUGGGGUGUUCCUGGUAUGCAGUGGUUAGUACCUACCCAAAGUGGUCCAAGGAAGGACAACUGAUGAACCAGCGACAGGGUCAUGGAUGACCAAGGUUCACUGAUGCAUGUGGGGAGCACAGGCUAUAGCCCAUCUGGUACGAUCCCACAGAAGAGAUACUAUAGCACAAAUUGCUGAAAAGGUUAAUGCUGGCUAUGACAGAAACAUGUCAAAACACACAAUGCAUUGCAGCUUGCUGCGUAUGGGGCUGCGUAGCCGCAGACCGGUCAGAGUGUCCAUGCUGAGCCCUGUCCACUGCCGAAAGCACCUACAAUGGGCACGUGAGCAUCACAACUGGACCAUAGAGCAAUGGAAGAUGGUGGCCUGGUCUGAUGAAACACGUCUUUUACAUCGUGUGGAUGGCCAGGUGCAUGUGCGUCGCUUACAUGGGGGAAGUGAUGGCACCAGGAUGCACUAUGGGAAGACAAGCCAUCAGAGACAGUGUGAUGCUAUGGCCAGUGUUCUGCUGGGAAACCCUGGAUCCUGGCAUUCAUGUAGAUGUUACCUAGACACAUACCACCUACGUAAACAUUGUUGCAGACCAAGUAUACCCCUUCAUGGCAAUGGUAUUCCCUAAUGGCAGUGGCCUCUUUCAGCAGGAUAAUGCGCCCUGUUACAUUGCAAAAAUUGUUCAGGAAUGGUUUUGACUUGGCCUCCAAAUUCCACAGAUCGCAAUCUAAUUGAGAAUCUGUUGGAUGUACUGGACAAACAAGCCCAAUCCAUGGAGACCCCACCUCGCAACUUACAGGACUUAAAGGAACUGCUGCUGCCAGAUACCACAGAACACCUUCAGAGGUCUUCUGGAUUCAAUGUUUCGAGGGGUUGGAGCUGUUUUGGCAGCACAAGGGACACCUACACAAUAUUAGGCAGGUGGUUUUAAUGUUAUGGCUGAUUGGUGUAUGUACUUAAUUUUACUUAGUCUACUGUGUACAAGUCCAAAAAUUCAAAAUGAGAUUUUGAUGUUAAAGAGCAAUACCAAAGUUGGACAAAUAGUCUCUGAAAUACAUUCAGUGCCAGUUCUGCCGUUCUCAUUGAUGCGACCCUGUAUAUAUAAUGGGUCUAUGAUAUGUGCUAUAGAUUUUGAUCUCCUGGAUUUUAUGAGAUGUUAUUUGCAUUAGGAAAAGCUUUAGCACAUAUGGCAUGUGAAGUCAUGAUGCAGCUAAACCUCUAUCUCAACUCAGAGGGCAAAUCUUUGAUAGAGCUACAAACAAGCCAGCCCUAAAAAAAGGAGCAACCACUGGACUUUUAGAGUCACUGUACUACACACUGUAUUAAUCUGAUUACACAAGCUGUAUGUGUAGCCGCUUCAGUAAUUACAAGAGUGUAGUCUAUGAAUUAGGAUGCUUUUUCAACCAGUCUGUCAAAUACAAAGCAAAUUUAAAGGACACUGUAAAAUCACAGCAGAGUUUCACCUUUGGAUGUCAUUCUGCAGCAUAGUAGACACAUCAACUGAAGCCUUUAUGGUUUUCACGAAAAAUUUGUCAAGGGGAACACUGUGUUUGGUCUGAAAACAUUAAUGUGGGAGGUGGAGUGCCGAAACACCAACCUGCAGCUUCAACAACAGUAUUGGGGUGUUGUAUGCUGUGGAUCAUAUGAAAAAAAGAAUGCAAGAGAAAAAAAAUGAACACUUCCAAUGCUUGUUUACCAAAGCCCCUCAUGUGGCAACAAAGAUAGACCUGCAGCCAGUUAAGAUGCCUGUACAGAAGCUUUAAAACCGUUAGGACUGAACAAUAACCAGCGACCACACAGGAAAAUAAACACACAUUACUGCAGCAUUACAAAAUGUGACCAGAAAUUGCAGCAAAUUUGGGUAACACAAAUUGUUCAAAGAAAGAGUUUCAAAACUGUACAACUGAUGGGAGUUGAGCAGUCACUAAAUUUAAGAGGUUUGUAGAUUUUUUUAAAAAUCUUAUUUAUUUAUUUAUUUUUUACAGACAAUAAUUAUAUCCAGACCAAGGAGUUUUGGAAUUAUCUUCUUUUCUCUAUGAAGGUAGAUGGAGACAUAUCAUUUUGCUAGUUUAAACUGUCAAGGUCAUUGACAAAUCUAUUAUCUUCUACUAUAUUGGUUUCUCCCAAGAAAAACAGGUGUGGAUUUUCCAUGACCUAAAGAAAAGAAUGACAUCUCCAGCUGGACAGAUAAAGACUUAUAGGCGUAUUUUGUACAUCUUUGUAUUUUGUACGUCUUUCAGUGUAUAUGGAUUAACCUAGCAAGUGGAGAAUAUAAUUGUAAUUGCAGCAUAUAAUUGUAUUUAAUAUUGUAAUAACCACCUCUUAUCUCCAAAAAUAUUGCAAAGUUCACUACAAAACAAAACAGAAAGAGCACUGCAUAUUUGGAGACAACUACAUAAUGCGUACCAAAAAGCAUGGUGGAUAGAGUACAGCAUGUGGUUUGCUGAGCAAUUUAUCUGUGAUUUAAUGAUCCAAAACUCUGAACAAUCUGUGAUCCAAAUUUAGUAACAAGGAAUGCUAAACCUUUACAUCAUUUCUACUGAAAUGAUGGUGAUAUCUGAAGCAGGCCUUUUAUUAAAACAUCCCUAAAAUGGACAUCAACUAAAACAGUUUUAUACAUGCAUUAAAAAAGACUUCCAUCUACAUAACCCAGUCUCUUGAAAAUAAUUUUCACAUACAAAUUAUUUGCAUCUCCCUAUAUAUGAUGGGUAACACUUCACAGUGCAGUUCAUCAACUCAUAGGUAACUAUUCAGGAACUAAGUAGGAACAAAUGAACAGUUCUUCAGGAACACCUACCUUAUUCAUAUAAAAUACUAAGAACUACUAGUGAAUUACUCAGUAAGUAUGUUAGUAGUUCACUAUUAAUUAUGCAGUAAUUAACUGAGUCUUAAGCAGAAUUACUGAGUCUUACAUUUCUCCUGUAGAACUAUGGCUCUUUUAUAAUAAUUACUGAAUAAUAACUGAUCACACUGACAUUAAUCCCCAAUAACUAAUUCUUACCUUCCUCCUGGAGUUCUACUGUGUAAUGUACCUCAACCUAUUCUAACACCUCAGUGUCUAAAAUGUAAAUAUUUGUAUGAGUAAUUAUAGGUUUCUUCAGAGGAGCACAGGGUCAGAGUGUUGUUUUUAUUUAGCCAGUCAAAGACUAGAGACAGAAUUAUACAACAAUAACUUACAAAAGCAAAAGACUGCAUUGUAACAAUGAAUAACAAAUGGAUGGAUAACUAUGUGUAAUACUGUUUCACAUAAUCAUUAACUACAACACAGUAACAUUUCACUAAUUACUAAUGAGUUUCCAUGUGUUUUACUUUACAAAAAAAUGUAGGGCACUGGUGGCUCAACAGUUUAAGCUCUGGGUUUCUGUUCAGAAGGUCAGGGUUUCAAGCCCCAGUACUGCCAAGCUGCCACUGUUGGGCCCUUUAGCAAGGCCCUGAACCCUCUCUGUUCAAGGGGAGCUGUAUCAUGGCUGACCCUGUGCUCUGACCCCUGCUUCCUAACAAGCUGGGAUAUGUGAAGAAAAGAAUUUCACUGUGCUGUAAUGUAUAUGUGACAAAUAAAGGCUUCUGCUUCGUUCUGUUCUACAUCUUCAUUAACUACUGAAGAACAACACAGUAACACUUCUGGCAUUACUAAUGAGUUUUGUAUUAUUGUUUAAACUCAUAUAGAUAUAGUUAAAAUAUAUGCAAACAACAUUCUUAAGUGUUUCAUAGAACUGGGAGCUGUUAUGGUACAAAACAGGGCUGACAAAUGAAUUUAAAAGGUACAUUCUAAUUACUUACCAAACACCAACAAUUCUAAUUACUAAACAACAACAACAACAACAAAACAACAACAACAACAAUAAUAAUAUAAUUUAAUAUAAUAUAAUAUUAUAACUGAACAAACAUUAACAUUAACACACCAUUUGCUCAUAUUACAUAAAACAUGGAAAAAUCAUCACCUUUUUUAAACAAAGAAAGUAAUCGGAAGGCAAUUUCAUCAUUUAAAGAAGUGAAAUGUCAUCAUUUUAUCAUUUAGUUUCAUGUUUUCAAUUAAAUUCUCUUUAAAUAAUGUUUUAGCUCAGUUACGAUUCACAGUUUUCACCACAGUCAUAUCAAGUAGGCAUAUUAAACAAUGCAGUAAGGUACUACAAAUUAAUAAAUUGUACUAAUGAUCAUUAGAGAUAUUAUGAUCAAUAUAUACAAACUGCACAGUAAAAAAGCAAAGUUACUGAGUAUAUCUGCUUAUGGCAGGGGUGUCCAAAUUACGGCCUGCUACCAUUUUUAUAUAAUAGAAAUAUAUAUGUAUAUUUCCUUAUUUCUGUUAUUAUUGUCUAUGGCCCAUGACUGCAUAUUUUUUGUCUAUCUGGCCCACAACAAGAAAAGGCUCAUGGCCUUGGUCCAUGCUUUGCUGCUCCACUCUUCUUGGAAGACUUUCCACUAGAUUUUGGAACAUGGCAAUGGGGAGUCACCUCAAUUCUGCCACAAUAUUAUAUUUUUGCAUCACUGAUGUAGAGCAGUAAGGCCUGACUCAGAGAUGGCUCCACUUCAUCCUAAAGCUGUUAUAAGAAGUGGAGGUCACCAAAUUGACCAAUGUUCCUUCACACCAAAUUCACUAGCCAUUUCUUUAUGGGUUUGGGUUUGCAUAGGGUUCGGGUUUGCCAGUGCUAUCAUUGGAAUACAGUUGGGUUUUGUCUAGGGUUAGAAUUUUUAGGAUUUUUCCAUUAGAAUAAGAAUUUAUAUCAGCCCAUGUUCCACAGUUGGAAAUUUUCAAAGAAGCUUCAAAACUGUGUUGCAAAAAGAAAAAAACCUAGACAUUUUUGCGUAAGAUUUUCUAGUUCCCUUUUUUGGUUUGCCAAAAAACUCUUGAGAACUCUUGAGAAAUAGACGCUGUGUUCUGUGAGAGGGAAGUGAUCAACUCCUAUGAGUGUAUUUAAGCUGUACUUCUACCUGAGCAUUCUCCACUCUCAGUGCUGCUACGCUGUGUGUGACUCUCAUCAUGUACCUGAUGCAAGACAUCAUCCUGCUGCUGCUCAGCAUUAGUCUAGUUCA